AUUUACAAGCCCGCUUGGCAGAGGUGGAAAACAACUUACUGUUACAUAAAUUGGAUCAGCUAUCAAGAGUGAUAAUGAAGUACUCGAAAACAAUUGAGGAGGAGAGAUCGAGCCCGGUUUAUAGCAGCAAGACAGAGGCACAAAUGUUCCUCGAGAGCAUUCAACUGAUCAAGGAAAUUGUCAUGCCGUUUUUGGAGCUGAAAUAUGACUUCUUGGAUGGGAUAACUGUCGUUUCCCCUCUCAAUCCCAAACCGCACAAGACGAUUAUAGUCCUCCAUUGCAUUGUGCAAACGAGCCACCAAACAAUCAACGGUUUCCAGGUGGUUGUGAAGGACGAAAAUACCCUUCGCUGCAUCAUCGAGUUGCACUAGACGUGCCAUUUCUUCCUCGGUCAUCUUGGAAGGGAAAAUAAAAGGGCAUAUUGGAG